ACCGUACCGGGAAGCGCCCUGCCCAACACCGGCGUCUCUGGGCUGGGCUGUCCAAGUUCAGAGGACAGACGGUAGCGCCUGAAAGGCGCGGGCAGCUCCGGGUGCCGGCGCGACACUCUCGCCUCCGGGACCCGCCGCACAGCCCCCAGGGGUGCGGCGGCGUCCGGAGCCCGGGAGCCCGCAGAGGGGGAGAGGCGGGGCGGGAGGCGCGGCGGGGCCGGGCGGGGCCGGACGGCCGACUCCGGGAGUCCAGCCCGGCACACCCGGGCCUCUCCUCUCCGCCCGGGUCGGUUGCCGACGGGACGCCCUCGGGCCGAGGCUGCAUGGGGCUCCCGCGUGGCCGGCUCUUCUGGCCGCUGCUCCUGCUCGCGGCUGUCUGCUCCGGGAUCCUGGUCGCCCUGUACUCCUCGGCGGUGGAGUUGCACCUGGGGCCCCGCACCGAAGCCAGGAAUACCACGUCAUCGUCUCAAGCUUUCUUCGGACCCAAGGCAUCGAAUUCUAGGACGAGAAAGAACCUGCUCUGUCGACACCCACUUUCUCUCGCCGUUCAGCGGGACCCUCGCUUCCGGAAUCUGUUUAACCUCUCCACUCCGGUGCUGCUGUCGGGGGACGUCUUCACCCAGCAGCUCUGGGACAGCCUGAGCCAGCACAAAGCCCCCUAUGGCUGGCGGGGGCUCUCCCACCAAGCCAUCGCCUCCACCCUCAGCCUCCUGAAUGGCUCAGAGAGCGCCAGGCUGUUCACCGUCCCCAGGGAGCUGCUUCCUGGCUGCAUCCGGUGUGCCGUGGUGGGUAAUGGAGGCAUUCUGAAUGGCUCCCGCCAGGGUCAGAACAUCGAUGCCCAUGACUAUGUGUUCAGACUCAAUGGUGCGGUGAUCAAAGGCUUCGAGAAUGACGUGGGCACCAAGAUCUCCUUCUACGGUUUCACCGUGAACACAAUGAAGAACUCCCUCAUCUCCUACUCGAACGUGGGCUUCACCUCUGUGCCGCAGGGACAGAACCUGCACUAUAUCUUCAUCCCCUCGGACAUCCGUGACUACGUGAUGCUGAGAUCCACCAUCCUGGGUGUGCCUGUCCCCGAGGGCACCGAUAAAGGAGACAGGCCUCAGACCUACUUUGGACCGGACUCCUCCGUCAGCAAAUUCAAGCUACUCCAUCCAGACUUCAUCAGCUACCUGACAGAGAGGUUUUUGAAAUCCAAGUUGAUUAACACAAAAUUUGGAGACCUAUACAUGCCUAGUACUGGGGCCCUCAUGUUGCUGACAGCUCUGCAUACCUGUGACCAGGUUAGUGCCUAUGGAUUCAUCACAAGCAACUACCAGAAAUUUUCUGACCACUAUUUCGAUCGAAUGAAGAAGCCACUGAUAUUCUACGCAAACCACGACCUGUCCCUGGAAGCCACCCUUUGGAGGGACCUGCACAAGGCUGGCAUCCUUUGGUUGUACCAGCGGUGACCCAAAGGCAUCCAAGACCUUUAUUUUUGCAGAGCUGUGGCCCUGGGACCCUCAAGUAACUAAAGCUACCUUCUUGUGUCUUCUAUCCUUGAUACCCACCUAACCCCUUCCCUACAGAGGACAGAGUGGAUGUGUCAAUGUUACUGAAGACUGCUCUUUGUGGGACACCCUGCCUUGUCCUUAGCUCAUCCAAGGAGACUCCUCUGGGCCCAGGUAGACAACCCAACCUUGGUCAAAGAAAAAGACUGCUCUGCUGGGCUCAUCUUUAAAACUUAAGAGAAAGAACACUCUCAAGAUGAGACUGACCAGCGUGAGCAUGCAGGCAUCCUUCAGAGCUGAACACUUCCAAGCCAGCAGUGGCAUGGACCAACUAGGUCAGUGGAGUGGCUCAGGGCCUCUCAAGCAGUAGAAACAAAAGCACUUUUCAGCCCAAAUCCUCCCACUAGCAUGUCCAGCCUCAGACUCCAAAGCAGUUCACCUGAAGGACAUGCUGGAACAGCUUUUCUGAGAAAGGGAACUGACUGAUUUCUGCCCCCUGAUAAAGUGGGAGCACAAAAGGCAGAAAGUCAUUUGAAGUUAAUUGCAUAAAUGAUGGAUAACCAUUGUGUCUGUGUUUGUAUUGGGGAAAGCAGUGUAUCACGCAUGGUGUCUAGCAUGGAGUCCGAACCAUCGGAAAAGUUCUGGCCUCUGAUUAAAGGCCCAUUGAAGAUGUGUUACCAUCCCAUCACCAAAAGGACAUUACUGGGUAACAAACCCUCAUCACCGGACAUUGACUAUCAAGGCUUCAGUCAUUUGACUGGAUACAGGCAGCUUUCUUUUAGAUUAUAUAGGCUUCAAAGUGUAAAUCAACUGAAUGACCACUACAAAGCUCCGCACACAAACCCUGGGUUUGACUCGUGUGGUGUUGCCACACCCUGUAAGGCAGGGGAGCGGGUUGGGGAGGUCUCCCCAGGGCUGGCUGGCAAGAGCCUCCCACCCAGAACCUGGCCUCUGGGCCCUGGUUCUGAAGGGUCAUUCCUCUCCGUACAACACUGCUGCUUUAGAAACUUAAGAUGGGUGAUUAAGAGAAAGGACAUUUAGGAUUUAACUACUAUAGCAGCUACUCGAGAAAGCAUGGCUUCCUGAUGCCUUUCCCCCCGUAGUUUAUUUUUUCCCUAUUCCCAUCACAUCUGUAGCUAGCAAAACCAGUCAACUGUAUAAGAUCGAUUUAGUGAGAAACUUGAAACUUUCAUUUAUAAAAGAAUGAGCUGAUUCACAGAAGAAAUCAUUGCUCUUACAACGGGUCUCAAUCUGGAAUCCACAAAUGCUAGUAAGUCAACUUUUAAAUGUUUUAAUUUGCUUUAAAGUUAAACCCAAGACACACUGUAGAAAUCCACUGAGAAAGGUUUUUUUAGGCUGAACACCUGUUUCCCCUUAGUCUUCAACAGAGCGUGUACAUGUAAGUUUCAUUGUAUAAUCUCUGCGGUCCCCCCACUGCACCAAGAUCACCUCAACUCUGUGUGUGGUACUGCAAAUGUUCUUUGUUAUACCUUAAUUUACAAGAGGCAAUCCUGAAGGAACUCAUUCUAAACAAUCUA